CCCAGUUUAGAUCGUUGAGCGUUCGGGUUGAGAGCACGGCGCUCUCUGGUGGUGGAACGGGGCAAUGCUGUUGCACUCGCACUACUCCCCAGUUAGGAGGGGGGCUCGGCUCCUAGAGGCUCCCGAAAGUGCUACUUGUGUCAGUGGUGCUGGUGCUUGCUAGUGUGUGUUAUUCAUGACAACACCCAACUCAUCUGUCGUCGAGUGUCGCGAAUUCGGUCAGUGAUGGCGGCACGUGAAAGCGAACUGCAGUCGCAGGAUGACAAAAACGCGGAAGACGAGGAAAAACAUUCGCGUCGCAACUCGGAGGCGGAAAACUUGCUAAAUUGUGGAGCGGUUGACAUUGCUGUGGUGGGCCGAAAAGAUACGCCAAAAUCCUUCUCUGAUUGGUUAUCAUGGAAUUCAAUCAUGAUUCAAGAGGCUUUUGUCUAAUCAGGUAUAUGAACCUUCAAGUAACGGAUGGAAAUAAAUUAGAAAUUUCAUUUGCAGAAGAAGAAGUCUUCGGGGUAAUUUACAGCAUCUAAUCUGGAUUUUCAUUAAAUAAUAAUCACUCCAAGUAACAUUUGAUUUGGGUUGUGGAAGUGAUAUUGUAAAAGUAAAAAAUUGGAUCAUAAGUUUAAUUAUCUGAAAAACUUAGAAUUUGUGUAAAAACCUCGGUGUGUUGAAUCCAAUCUGUUUUUACAGCGGUUGAUUGGGCUAUAACUUUAUUAUAUUUGAGUACCAUUAUAGAACUCAAUAAAUAACGGGAAAAUUUUGAAAUCAGUUAACUACUUGUGGCAAUCAA